AGGCCUUUCGGCCUCGCAGGCCCGGCCCCGCCGUGGCCGCGCGCCGCCACGGCGCCGGGCCCCGCAUGCCGCGCGCUGCACGCCGCACCCGCCGCCCGCUGUGCUGCGGCCUGGGCGCCAGCCCGGCAUGCUCUCCGGGUUCGGAGAGAAGCGGGUCAAGCAGCUCUGCUACGCGGCGUACGCCGCGGCGUUGCUGGUCUUUGUACUCAGCCUCACAGGGCCCGACUUGCUGUACAAAAGUGGGACCAGGCCUGCACCGCUGGUGUCGAGCGCCACGCCUCCUUCUUCUGGCCUGCAGACGGCCUCUGAGCCCGAGGUCCAGGAGGCUGCAAGACAGAAGAGGAGCCCCUCCGCCAAGAUAGUCGCCGGCAGGACGCCCCCCAAGAUCGAGGGAAGGUACGGCGACAACGAGGGCCACUGCCACAUGGAGUGGACCAACAACGCCUGCCCCGGGACGUACGAGGUCCGGAUCCGUCCUGGUGCGGCCACGGUCUGGCCGUUCCCGAGAUACCAGGAGGACUGGCGCAAGUCCCUCGGAGACAGGCUCCUGGUCGCGUCGCAGGGCCAGUUGACGGACGAGGCCUGCCAAGGCUUCUUCAUGUGGGGGGACUACGUCUGGUGCAACCACGCCGUCGAGCCGGGCAGCGGCGCCCCGCGCCCGCCGGACCCCCAGCGCGAGGGCACAGACGUCGUGGGCAUCUCGUUUGGCAUCCGCGAGCGGGACCCCUGGUCUGAGCUCAUGGGCAACCGCUACAAGAUGGCUACCCACCUCUACGACUGCUACUGGGGCACCGGAAACAACGCCGAGCAGACUCAGACGAAGGGCCCCUUGGGCUUCGGGGCGGCUCCAGAUAAGUCCGCGGUGCAGAACAUCGCGGGGCAGGCCACUUGCCCCCCGAGGAAGACCAUGCUCAGCGGCUGCUACGAGAUGCCCUACGAGGCGCACCGGGUCUGCCUCAGCCAGUCGACGAAGACGAAGCGAGCCGUCACGGGUGCCCCACAUGAUGCUUGGUGCCGCCAGGGCCGGCCGCCGCUGUCCACGCACGUGAAGAUCGACGCCGAGGGAUCCGAGUGGGUGGAGCUGGCCGACCUCGUUGCCAACCCCGAGGACUGCGCGAAGAUCCGCACGCUGGACAUGGAGGUGCACUACAACUUGGGGGACAUCGGGGUGCAUACGGAGUGCGACCAGGAGACCCUGACCAAGAGGGUCGAGACGAUGGAGAAGCUCUCCGAGAUCUUCGCCGUGACCGGGUCGACCUUCCGGGCCCUGCUCGAGAACGAGGACAGACUCAGCAACAAGUCCGGCGGCAUCGACGGGGGCCAGCACUGCAUCGUCACCUCCGGGGGCUGGCACCUGGAUCAGUACUGCAUCAGCUUCACCAAUCGCGAGCUCGUGGCAGAGUGAGGGCGGCCCUGCCGUCACUCGCACUGGGUAUGUUGGCCGCGUGUAUCCCCCUCCUCCUCCUCCUCCUCCUCCUCCUCCUCCUCCUCCUGUGUCUCUCUGGUUUUCUCGCCCCAUUCCUCGCCAUCCUUCUCCUCACCAUCCUCGCCCCUCGUCCCAGAUGUUUCGGCCCGAUGCGUGGGCUCCCGAGACGGGACGGCCCUCGGACUGCUCUUCGGUCGCUGGGCGCGCGAUCGCUCGGCUCAUCUCCUUCGGUUGGCGGAGAGAGGCCGGGUGGCUGCGCCGACCGAGCCGGGAGGGGCCAGGUCCGGUCAGGGCCAGGGGGGAGGAGGCCCAGGCGCCUUCGCUUUAUCUCGGCCGGGCUUCCGCCGCCUCCAAGGCGAGGCCUUUCUUUGGCACGCCGCAGUUGUUGCCAGUUGUGUGGACAUUGACGGCCUCGCGGCCUGUCAGCUCUGCAGUCGUGCUCGCGUCCGCCAGCGCUGCGAAUAGAAG